AUGGAUAAACCGAAAGUGGCUGAACUUCAAAAUGACGAGGAGCUAUUCUUCAAAAGUACGAGAAUGGACAAAUUAACUUUUGAAUAUUUAUUUUCAUUGGUUGAAGUUGUUAUUAGACCGUUAAGAAAUAGAAAGAAUAAUGUCUCGCCUAAAGAACGGUUGUUUUUAACUUUAAGCUAUUUGGCAACAGGCGAUGACAUUUUUUCUAUUGCUGUGAAGCACCGAAUAAGCGAAACGAGUGUUUUAAUUAUAAUUAAAACUACUUGCUGCGCUAUAAUCUCAGUAUUGGCAAAUACAUAUUUGAGAACUCCUAAAAGCAUUGUUUGGAAAAAUAUCGCCAAAGGUUUUCAAGCAUUUUGGAAUAUGCUAAACUGUAUCGGCGCUAUUGAUGGGUUGCAUAUACCGAUAGUCGCUCCUGCUAAUAGUGGCUCUUCUUUUUUUAAUUAUAAAAAAUUCAACAGCAUCGUACUAUUAGGUAUAUGCAAUCAUCGUUACGAGUUCACAUGUGUCGAUAUUGGAUCUUGUGGGUCAGAAAGUAAUGGUGGCAUUUUGAAUCGUAGUCUUCUGGGAAAAGCAUUAGCUGAAAAACAAUUAAAUAUUCCAGAAGAGCUCAAUAAUUUUCCCAAUAGCACGAUGAAAUCGCCAUAUUACUUCGUUGGAGAUGCGGCUUUUGGGCUCAACAAUAACAUGAUGCGCUCGUUUCCUGGAAGGCAUCUCGAAGAGGGCAAAAAGAUUUUCAAUUACCGAUUGUCAAGAGCUCGUAGGUGCAUUGAAAAUUCUUUUGGAAUUUUAAAAACUAGGUGGAAGGUGCUUGGAGGAAAACCACUACCUUUUAGCCCAGAUGACGUUACGAAUAUCGCAACGGCCUGUGUUUGUCUACACAAUUUUUUGAUGGCACGCACUCAAAGAAGUGUUAGGCAAUCAUAUUGUCCAGAUAAUUUUGUCGAUACAAGUAUAAAUGGACGUAUUGUGGAAGGGCAAUGGAGGCAAGAAGUUAAUGUUGACCGAAAUUCUCUUCCGCCUUCGGAAGAUUCACAUAUUGAAAGCGCAUAUGUAAUGAGAGAUAAUCUAAAAACAUAUUUCAACAGUCCUGAAGGAGAAGUACCAUGGCAAAAAGAUAUGAUAACCAGAGGAACGUACAGAGAUUUGAUGUAA